UUUCGUGCGCCCGCCGCGGGACAAAUACAAAAUAUCUCGCCUACUUUCCUCUUGCCUGGACAAAUCCUGUGGAAGAAGCGGUGGCAAUAAGCCCCAGUUGUUGCGUCGCUACGCAACCCGUCGCCCUCCCUCUCGUCACUGUUGCCACGCCCUCAUUUGGUACCGCCCACAUCCCGGACAAGCAUUCUUCCACUCCACUGGGGGUUCCAAGCUUUAAAAUUCAGCUUAUCUUAAUUCAGCUAGCCUACUUCCUCUCAUUGCUGCCUUGGCGGCCUACUUUAUAUCUCACGUGAUAUAAAUAUCAAUAUAGGCGCGAGAAAGAAGGGUGAUACUGGCAUACAAUAAAUAAAUAAUCCACCGGGCACGCUUCACUAACAGCCUGCAUUAUCCGUUGUCGCUCCUAGACAAGCAGGUCGAUACCGGGCGAGGUUACGCGAUUAUAUCAGUUGCAUACAUAUACAUCUGGCCCUGCUGAGAGGCGAGCAUUCCGUCUGGGCUGGCUUGCACCCAGCCAAUCUCGGCCAUACAAACCUUGAAGAUCUACCCUGGGUGCUGAAACAUAAAUAAUAUACACUGCCAGCGAUGACAGACCCGGAUAAUUCGUACAGACCCCGAUCCCCAGACUUUUCUGGCUUCCCUGGGUCCCUCCAGCUUCCCCCCAGUCCCUACGGACAGACCCCUUACCCCAUCAACAGCCCCCUAGCCCACAGAGCUUCAUACGACGCGUCUCCGUUCUUCAGCCCACAAGCCCACCAGCCCCAGCCGCAACUUCAACGGCCUACCCACCAACAGUAUAUCCCGCAACCUCUCGAUUCGAACUACCCCCCACAUAUCAUGCCCCCACAAACAAGAUCGCGGGCCGCUGCUGCCCUGCAGCAGCAACCCAUGGAGUGGCAUGCGGCGCCUAAGUCACCACCACCAGAGAGCCAGCCAACGAAAAUGAGAGGAUCAGUGCCAUCACAAGCUUCAGGGGGCAUUGAGGUUAGAACGAAGUUUCCAGUUGCAAGGAUCAAGCGCAUCAUGCAGGCUGACGAGGAUGUGGGGAAAGUUGCCCAAGUGACUCCAAUUGCUGUUUCCAAAGCGCUCGAGUUAUUCAUGAUAUCCCUCGUCACGAAAGCGGCGCAAGAAGCGCGGGCACGGUCUUCGAAGCGAGUGACGGCAGCCCAUCUCAAAGAAGCCAUCAGCAAGGACGAGGUUUUGGAUUUUCUCGCGGACAUCAUUUCCAAAGUUCCCGAUCAUCCUGCUAACAGCAAGAAGGAUGAUGAUGGAAGCGAUCAUAACGACGGGCGUAGGAGGAAAGGCGGCGGCCGUCGAAAGAAAGAAGACCACGAUGAUUUCUAGCGGCGAGACUUGAGUUUUUUUUUUUUUUU